AUGACACCUAUCGUCGAAGAGCGAAACACCGAACCUCAUGUUCCAGAGGCAGAAUAUAGAAUCGCAUCAGUUGAAAAACGCCCAGUUCAUAAGAGGAAAGUGGAAGAUUAUCUUCAAAAUUUGCACAGGGGUCGCCCUGCUCCGCAGACAAGUGAAGCAACCGAAGUAUUCAAUCUUGAUGAUGAGGAAAGUGACCAAGACUCCGUGGCAGAGGAAGCUGGCGAAGAUGAGCCAUAUGAGGGAUCUUUGCAACACUUGGAUCAAAUGAGGCACUUCAUUUUGGAAAGCUCCGCUUACCAAAUCCUUCGUCGUCGGCUCGAAGAGUUUGUUAAACCCUCGCUAUACUCUCGGCUUCGAGAUCUGGUGACAAGGUGGUCAACUCCAGAACAUAAGAACCAUGGCGAUUCUGCUCGGUAUAAACUGCGGAAUCUUGUGACAGAGUUGCAGCACGUGAGUCCCCACGAGAUUCAUUUUGAACAUGAUCAAAAUAUUUUCCGAAUUGUUAGGUUCAUCAGCCGCUAUCAGCAUAUAGUUGAGCGCUGGACUGGAGAGCCCUGGGAUUGGUGGCCAUUGCCUCGUUGUCUGAGACCACUAGGGGAAUCAGAGACUCGGUUACGGUGGAAGUGUGCUCUAAUCGAUGAUGCAGCCAUGUGGUGA